AUGGGGAACAAGGCACAUUUUUCUUUCGUCUGCAGCACUGAAAGAGUUAAACCCGCAGAGCGGUUUGCUAGAGAGGCCGAGCAACAAGGGGGAGCGAGGCGCUGGGAAAGGAGCUUUCCCGGGGUGGGGGAGAGAACGGGACGGUCUUCGGAGAAGCAGCAGCCGGGAAAAGCCUUGCAACAGGCGGAUCGUGGGGAGGUUUCCUCUCAUGGAGAAGCCUCUCUUCAUAGCCAAGUGAAUAAAUGCAACUUGUCAAAGACAGAGGUGGCCGAAGAGAAGGGGAAGAAAAUGGAAGAGCAGGACCCAGAAGGACCUGGAACUGGCAAGAGAGCAAGAAAGAGCUCGCAUCCAAUCCAGCCUGGAAGUGGUGUUGAAUUCUGGGAAUCAGCUGUGUCAGAGGCUCUAGCUAAGGACACCAUGACCUGCAAUGUACAUUGCCGACACUUCCGGCAGUUCCACUACCAUGAAGCUGAUGGGCACUGGGAGGUUUGCAGCCAGCUCCAUGGACUCUGCAACCAGUGGCUGAAGCCGGAGAAGCACACCAAGAAGCAGACUGUGGACCUGGUGAUCCUGGAGCAGUUCCUGACUCUCCUGCCUGAGGAAAUGCAGUGUUGGGUCAGAGGCUGUGGGCUGGAGAACAGUUCCCAGGAGGUGGCCCUAGCCGAAGGUUUCCUCCUGAGUCAGGCAGAGGAGAAGAGGCAGGCAGAACAGAUGUGGGCAUCAUCCGUGAAGAAAGAAGUGACAUUCCCUGAGGCGGAAGGAGCUUCGUUGGAGCCAGGGCAGAGUGGGCAGGCCCAGGAAUGUGCCCCAAAUGCCCUUUUCUGUGGAAGUGAAGAGAUGCUGUUGAGCCGUCAUCUUUUCAGAGGUGUGGAAACGGCUGCUGCACCUCCAGUCCAGUGCCCCUUUUCCUUUGAGGAGGUGUCCAUCUAUUUCACAGAGGCAGAGUGGGCCCUGCUGGAUCUGGGGCAAAGAGCUCUCUACAGGGAAGUCAUGCUGGAGAACUAUGGGAAUGUGGCCUUUCUGGGAGAUGUGUGGGAGACAGAGAAUGGAAAGGAAGCACAUCCAUCGACGGAGGAAAGUGAAAUGUCCCCAGACUUUAAAGAGAAUUGUGGAGAUGUAGAUGGAAAGAAAGGUCAGGAAGAAAACCAAACGAAUAAAGGCAGGAACAAAUCACAGGACGACUUCCCUGGAAUUAUACAUCUUCAGACAGUAUACAAGAGAAAGACAAACACUGAGUGUCCUGCGUGUGGGAAAAACUUUGCUACUACAUCCAGCCUAAAAGUGCACUGGAAUACUCACACAGGAGAGAAACCAUUUGUCUGCUUGAAGUGUGGAAGGAGGUUCAGCCAAAGCUCAACUCUUAUUUCCCAUGAAAGAACCCACACAGGAGAGAAACCAUAUAAAUGCGUGGAAUGUGGGAAAGGUUACAGUCAGAGCACAUAUCUUACUUCCCAUCAAAGAAUCCACACAGGGGAGAAACCGUAUACUUGUUCAGAGUGUGGGAAAAGUUUCCGCCACAAGUCAAACCUUACAACCCACCAAAGAAUCCACACAGGGGAGAAACCAUUCCAAUGCCUGGAGUGUGGAAAAAGCUUCAACCACAGCUCAACGCUUACUUCACAUCAAAGACUGCAUACGGGAGAGAAGCCAUUUAAAUGCCUGGAGUGUGGGAAGACUUUCAAUCAGGGUGCAAAACUUAUUAGCCAUAAAAGAAGUCACAUGAGAGAAAAACCAUUUAAAUGCCUUGAGUGUGGAAAGAGUUUUUGUCAAAAACGAACCCUUGCUUCCCAUGAGAGGACCCACAGAGGAGAGAAACUGUAUAAAGUCUUCAAAGAUAGAAAGAGAAUCAGUCAGAACCUUGUAUCUCAUCAGAGUACCACCAUAGGGGAAAAAGCAUUUAAAUGUUUAGAAUGUGGAAAGAGCUUCCGUCAAAGCACACAUCUUACUGUCCAUCAGCGUAUUCACACUGGGGAAAAACCUUUUACUUGCUCUGACUGUGGAAAGAGUUUCACACAGAACUCAAACCUUAAAGCGCACCAAAGAAUCCACACAGGGGAGAAACCAUUUAAAUGCCUGGACUGUGGAAAGAGCUUCAAUCACAGCACAACACUUACAUUGCAUCAAAGAGUACAUACAGGUGAGAAGCCAUACAAAUGCCUGGAGUGUGAAAAGAGCUUCAGUCAGAGGUCUCACCUACUUACACAUGAGAAAAUCCACACGCAAGAAAGACCAUUUAAAUGCCCUGAGUGUGGAAAGAGUUUCAGUCGAAACGCAAAACUUAUAUUUCAUCAAAGGAUCCACACAGGAGAGAAGCCCUACCAGUGCUUGGAAUGUGGGAAGAGAUUCAGUCAGAACACAAACCUGGCAUCCCAUCAAAGAAUCCACGCAGAGGAAAAAGAAUUUAAAUGCCUGGAGUGUGGGAAAAGCUUCACUCAGAGCACGUAUCUUAUCAUACAUCAAGAAAUCCAUUCAGGGAAAAAAGCGUAUACGUGUUUGGAAUGUGGAAAGGCUUUCAGUCACAGCGCAGGUCUCAUUAGACAUAAAAAGAAUUUGCACAGAAGAGAAACUGUCUCAGUUCCUCAAAUGUGAAAACUGUUUCUCUCAAAGUAGUCCAUCCAAGAAUUCAUAAUGGGGGGGAUGAUUUGGGCUAGGAAGAAAACACUUAGCAUCUGAGUUCAUGGCAGGCUGUAUUUUUAAAUAUGAAAAAAUUCACAAAGUGCAGAAAACCACAGAUACACUGAGAAGCUGUUGAAAAAUGUUCUCCUGACCCUGCCCUUAAUAGAUAUCAAAGUAUUCGCUAGAAGUAGUAGUAUAAAUUCUUGAACCAUCAUUAGAAUGUUUGUGGUCGACAAAUUUUUAAAUACUGCCACCCAGGACCAACCUGUAGAUCGUAUGAAAAUAAAUGAUGUGAAUUAUCCACCA